CACCACACCCCGAGCACCGGCAUUCAAUCCUACUCCACUUCUCACCAAAGUUGCCAGGGCCCCAAACCCGAAAGCGAGCGAGCUGCGUUCUUCCAAGCUUCUUCACCUCCCCGCUCCUCCCUCCCCUCAACAAAGCCAGGCCAAGGCCAAGAACACCAGCGCUCCCCCCUCCCCCAACCCCCAGAUCCCAACCGCCCCACAGAUUCCUCCCCAAGCCGCGCCGCGCACGCCAGAUCGGAUCGCCCCGCCGCCCAGACCCCGCGGACGAAUCUCCAUUGCAUCUCCCGAUGCUGGCGGCGGCAAUCUAGCCAGCAAGCAGCAAGAUCGAGACGAGGGCUAGGAGGAUGAUGAAGCCGCAGCACGGCGCGGCCGGCGGCGGCGGGCACGGGCGGCGGACGCCGUUCCUGACCUCGUACGCGCUCACGCUCGCCUUCAUCACCUUCGUCUCCCUGCUCUACUUCAAGGACUUCUCCUCCACGCUCCACCAGCCCUUCCUCCACCACCCGCCGCCCCGCCACCGCCCCAGGCCCCAUCCCCAUGUCCCCAUGGGCGGCGGCAAGGUAGGGCCGGUGGUGGCAGAGAAGAAGGCCGCCGCCGCCGCCGCGGAGGAGAAGGAGGUGCUGUCGCUGCCGUUCGCGGUGGGGCGUGCGGCGGCGGGGUGCGACGUGUCCCGCGGCGAGUGGGUGUACGACGAGGCGGCGCGGCCGCUGUACCAGGAGGAGGAGUGCCCCUACAUCCAGCCGCAGCUGACCUGCAAGGCGCACGGCCGCCCCGACACCGCCUACCGCCACUGGCGGUGGCAGCCCCGCGGCUGCUCGCUCCCGAGCUUCAAUGCGACUCUGAUGCUGGAGAUGCUGCGGGGCAAGCGCAUGCUGUUUGUUGGGGAUUCGCUCAACCGCGGGCAGUACGUGUCGUUGGUCUGCCUCCUGCAUCGGGCCAUUCCUGAGAGCUCCAAGUCCAUGGAAACAUUUGACUCGCUCACGGUUUUCAGAGCAAAGGACUACAAUGCCACGAUUGAGUUCUAUUGGGCCCCCUUUCUAGCUGAAUCAAAUUCCGACGAUGCUGUUGUUCACCGUGUCACGGAUAGAAUAGUAAGGGGUACGGCCAUUGAAAAGCACGCCAAGUUUUGGAAAGGAGCUGACGUUGUGGUAUUCAACACCUACCUUUGGUGGAUGACCGGACAAAAGAUGAAAAUUCUGCAAAACUCCUUUGAAGAUCAGAACAAGGACAUCAAAGAAAUGGAAACAGAGGAUGCCUAUGGGAUGGUACUGAAUGCCGUGGCGAAAUGGGUCGAGAACAACAUGGACCCUAAAAGUUCAAGGGCGUUUUUUGUCACUAUGUCACCUACUCAUACUCAGAGCAAAGAUUGGGGCGACAAGUCUGAUGGAAACUGCUACAACCAAACAAAUCCAAUCAAAGAUUUGUCCUACUGGGGACCAGGCACUAGCAAGGGCCUGAUGCGGGUUAUCGGCGAAGUGUUCAGCGCUUCUAAGGUCCCCGUUGGGGUUGUCAACAUCACCCAGCUCUCUGAGUACCGCAAAGACGCCCACACCCAGAUAUACAAGAAGCAGUGGAACCCGCUGACCCCGGAGCAGAUCGCCAACCCUAAGAGCUACGCGGACUGCACCCAUUGGUGCCUCCCGGGACUCCAGGACACCUGGAACGAGCUGCUCUAUGCGAAGCUCUUCUUUCCUUGAGCGAAGGAAGAACUUCAGAUUCGGAGAAUUGACGCGCGUAUCCAGCACUAGCGCUGAUCAUCCCUUUGACUGAAAGAGGACCAGGAGGAACACCUGGCCCAAGUUCCUGGGAGUAUAGUAUAUAUCAUCUGGGAAGGGUCUGAUCUGCCGAAGAAGGGUUAGUGUAGCUAACAUCGUACAGGUUGCAACACUCUGAAGAGUGAAGAAUAUUAUACACGGUGCACAAGCUGAGGUUUUGUGGUCGUCUGUUGAAAAUGCUAAUUGUGGAUACCGUACCACAUUCCUCUUCCUCUGUCGACGCGCCUAAGUGGCAUGAUGUGUAAGCAUGAUUCUUUCAUUGAACAUGAAUGCCAAAUUGCUCAAAGUGAUCACCUA